CACUAUAAAAAGUUUUUUGCCCUCACACAGAAGAAACGAAAGAAGAAAAAAAAAUUGAAAAAAAAAAAUUAUAAUGAAAAAUUUGUUUACAUUUUCAAUUCGUCGUUGUGCUAAGUUCCUAGUUUGACCUACAUGCGAAUUAAAAAUCAUGCAAAAUCUAUCGAAUUCCGAAUUUUAAUAUAAUCGGGUUUUUCGAUUUGUAAAUAGCUUCUUUUCAGUUGCGCCAAGUAAACAAUCCAAGAGUUCGCUAAAAAUCGUUGCUUUUCCAACGUCGUCGUAGUUUUUUUUGGGCUUUUUUUUCAGUUUUCCAAGUUCGCACAGUUCAGAGAGUUUUUGACGUCUUUUUCAAAUUCGUAUUUUUUGUUGUUGUUGCUUUUUUACUUCGAAUUGGAAGCAAAUUUUUGUGGACAGACGAGUGCGCUGGCUCUACGUUGUUUUUCUAAUUAGAUUUGUCGUCCUCGUAGCUGUUAACUCUGAUAGUUGUCGUGGUUUUGUUUGUUUUCUGUUCUGUGUCGGUUCUCGGGGCAGCUCGGGAGUGCAAACGAUUGUGUUGUUUUGGACAACAACGCGUAAAUGUCUCACAAACACAAAACUGCACGCUAAAAUGCUAAUAAUAAUGGAACAGCCUCGAAUAUAGGGUGGCUCUGUGAGGUUUUAGAGACGAGACGAGACGAGGAGGGACAACCUAUGUCGUUGUUGCACAUUGAAAUUGAGUGAGAGCUGCUGACCUCGACGUAGUAGAAAGUGGGAAUCGUUGUGGCGGUUGGUGGUUGGUAAUGUGAAGAAAAAAUGCUGGCUAGUAUAUGAUGUCUUCACAAGCUGUGUAUUGUUUGAAUCUUCAGAUACAAUCAAAUUGUGAUGAAAAUGGCAAAACUGUUACAACUCGAGCUCAAAACUCCAACGAAGUGUCCAAAUCAUCUUGCAUCACAAUGGACAGCAGUUCCAGUGAUGAUCCGUCGCCAUUACAAAAAGCGAUUGUCCAACAUAAUCCAUCACAAUCGAUAUUCGACACUGGCCAAUCGCAACAAUCGACUGGUAGCACCAAUAAUAUCAUUCUCUUGCGAGGUUCUCGCAAUGAAAAUGGCCAAAUAAUCAUUCAAAACAAGCACGAUGUGAUAAGUUUCAUCAACGAAGAGGACAAACCCUUAAUCUUGCAUACACCACGUAAGACAAAUGGUGGUGCCAAUUCCACCUCAUCAUCUGGUGGCAAUGGCAACACUAUUCUCUUGCAAACGCCAAUCAAUGCAAACCAAUUGGAAUCGGUGCUGCUCCAAUCGGCAGCGUCUAUGAAAAAGGGCAACCUCGGUGAACGGUCCUUCCUCAUCCAAAAGCAACCAAGUCGGACCUACACUACGGAUGGCAAUCGCCUUACAACUACAACCACACUCUCUGGGGCAAAUGCCAAAGGGCCCUUCAUAUUGCAAACGCUAAAACGCUUAGAAAAGUCACAAUCAAUCCUUGUAAUACGGAACUCGAGUGCUAAUACGAGCAACAGCAACAACAACAACAACAACACCUCUACAGUGACUUCUAGUGAUGUUACAACAGCUGGCAAUGUUAACACUGCCACAUCUACGCCACCAUUAGCCACAUCAUCGUCGUUGCCUUCGUCUUUGGCCUUCUCCAGAGUGACCACCACCCCGCAAUCAACACAAACGGGUCUGGUGAAGCAAACUUCAUCUGUGUCAGUAACAACGGGAGCAGCUGUAGCAACAAUUCCCAGUCGGGUCAAAUCUACAAAUGCUCGCUUAGGUAUUAUCCAGCAACAGCAGCAGCAUGCCAACAAUAAUAACAAAGGCAAUAACACCGGCAAUAACUAUAGCCGGAACCCUCGAAAUUCCCAUCAUGGUGCUGGAGGAGGUGUCGGUUCCGGGGUGGGUACAGGCGGCAGCGGCGGCGCCGGUACUACUGUGAGCCUGGAUGAAGUCCAGAAUAAACUUGAAGCAGCGGGACAGCAAAAAAAGACGAAUGUACCUCUUGGGAGUGACGGUGAACCAAUCAAACUCCCUGACAAUCUUGAGAGUUUGCCACGUGCCGAUAGUUUUCCUUCUCAACGACAUCGGUGGAACACAAAUGAGGAAAUCGCAGCGAUUCUUAUCAGCUUUGACAAACACUCCGAAUGGCAGUCGAAGGAAGUCAAAACAAGACCAAAAAGCGGAUCACUGCUCUUGUAUUCAAGAAAAAAGGUUCGCUACCGAAGAGAUGGUUAUUGCUGGAAAAAAAGAAAAGACGGAAAGACUACCCGGGAAGAUCACAUGAAGCUGAAAGUUCAAGGAACCGAAUGUAUCUAUGGAUGUUAUGUCCAUUCCGCAAUUCUGCCAACAUUCCAUCGCAGAUGUUACUGGUUGCUACAGAAUCCUGACAUCGUGCUCGUUCACUACCUCAAUGUUCCUUAUCCAGAUGAUAAUAAGAUGGCUGUCAUAGCACCAAGUCUAACACUUUGGGGUGAUAAAAAAGAAUGGACAAAAGAGGAAUUGGUUAGUCAAUUGAAACCAAUGCUUUCAACAGUAUUCAGUGAUGAAGAUUCAGAUUCUGGAAAUGAUAUUGAAAUAUCGAAUGCCGAAACUGUAGAAUCAAUAGUUAGUCAAUUAAUGGAAAAACAACGAUUAGCGCGACAAGCUGCUUUAGUUAAACAACUUGAAUGUGGUUGCCCUGAUUCGACUUGUGCCGAUGGCAAAUCCUGUUCACAUCCAAUGAGACGAGUCGGCAUUAUGAAGUCACUCUCGGAGAAACGAAAUGAUGCAUAUAAUCAAGUCACUAGUACGACGCCUAAUGUCCUUAUAGGAGCUAAGCUCUAUUCACGUUGGCCAGAACGAAAGAGUCGUCUUGAAAUGGUUACCGCCGAAUCAGUUGUAGAACAUCAUGAACGACAAAAUGGAGAAAUCAAAUUCCAAGUGAUACCACCUCACAUGGAACAGCAACAACAACAACAACAACACCAGCAACAACAACAACAUCAGCAAUUUAACAUUUCUCGCCACACACAAAUGUUUGCCGGUCGUAAUAAUCUAAUUGCUACCCCAACCCAAGGACCUGGCGGUGGUGUAAGUGGAAGUGGUAGUAACACUUCCAAUGCUGGUAACUUCAAUCAACAGAGCUUCGCCAAUGCGUCUAAUCAAAACAAUCAAAUGAAUUUAAAUCGCAAUAACAUGAAUCAGAUAAUAAUCAACCAACAACAACAGCAACAGCAGCAGCAGAGUCAUCUGGUGGGGGGAGUAGUAGGUAGCAAUAUUAUUACUACCACAAAAACAGUAACCACAUUUACUGGUUCUGGUGCUAAUGGUGGUACUGGAACUACUUCUACCACCCACAAUAGUAGUCAAAAUAAUAAUAACAACAACCAACAACAACAACAGCAGCAGCAAUUAUCGGUUAUGUCGCCUCAGCAAAUUAGUUUGCAAAACUCCAAUGAACGAAAUGAAUUAAAUAAUAAUAACUCUAUAAAUCCCAGUCAGGGUCACAUACAACAGCUUCAACACCAUCAUCAUCACCAACAUCACUCCUCCCAGCAGCAGCAAGUACAGGCACAAAAACAACAAACCAAUGAUUUAAAUAUGUCGUUAGGAGGUAACCCAUCCUCAUCAUCUCAAACUGAGCACCAUUCAUUUAAGCAACAGCACCAACAACAACACCACCAGCAGCACCAACAACAACAUCAUCUUCUUCGUGCCUCUUUGGCAUCGACGACACCGUCAAUCACAACCAUUUCAGGGGUAUCAGCAGCAGCAGCAUCCACAUCGACUCAUUCAAAUAAAAGUCAGCAACACCCCAAUUCUCAUACCCAUCACCAACAACAACAACAACAGCAGCAGCAAUUGGACCAGCAGCAACAGAGCCAACAUCAACAUUCCCAUCAUAUUCACCAUUCUUCCCAACAACAACAAACGUUAAUUGAAUGUAAUGACAUCAAUCAGGGCCAGCAAUCAUCGAAUCUAAUUAGCAAUACUUCGGAUGACAAUGGUAAUAGAAUGGGAAGUGAUACUACUGGACCAGUCAAUGUGGUUGCUGGCGGCGAGGUGGUGGGUAAUAGUAGUGGUGGUAAUGGUGUUGGUCAAGGGAGCCAACCAAUGUCUACUGACCUAGGUGGAUCUAUGCUUAAUUUGUCCCAGGAUGCUGAACAUUUAUUAGAUACCGAACUUGAUGUCAGCGAUACAAGCUUCCAUGGAUUGCAAGCAAAUUGCGGUGACAAUCCAGCAGCAAAUACUGUGAUUUCAGCCAAUCAAUCGCCAUUGCAGCAACAGCAGCAACAAGACAAAAAAGAAUUAUCUCCGUCUGCAUCGGAACGGACAGCCGCAUCAGAUGUCAGUGAUUCGUUGGCAUUUUUCAAUGAAACUCUCGACUUAUCCCAAGAGGACAUCCAAAGGACAUUAAUUGCAAAUAUGCCAUUUGGUGCUGGAAGCAGUGAUGUUGUGGUCAAUAACCACCAUCAUCAUCAUCAUCAUCACGAUGAUCGUGUUGGUUCAGAUUUGAAUCCUAUGGAUUUUAUUGCGAACGUCUGUGACGUCACGAACGGUUCUAAACGCAGUUCAAGAAUAGGUGGAGUUGGAGUUCAUGAUGAUGUCGAUGAAAAUGAGGAUGUAUUUGUUAAUUUAGAUGCAUUCGAUAUGUUGGUUGAAUUUCCUGAAUUGGAAUUCGAUGGGAAGCAUGAAUCUGAGUCGAGUUUAUCAUUCGAUAGUAGUUUGUCGAGAGUCUUUUCGAAUUCAAAUCGAAGGAUUCUGACAAUAAGUGAUUAUAGCCCUGAAUGGGCAUAUCCAGAGGGAGGAGUGAAAGUUCUAGUCACUGGGCCAUGGAAAAUGACCAGCACGUAUACAGUUCUGUUCGAUUCGGUACCAGUACCGACGAUUUUAGUCCAGGAAGGUGUUCUCAGGUGCUUUUGUCCAGCUCAUGAAGUCGGUUUGGCCACUCUCCAAGUGGCUAGUGAUGGUUAUGUCAUUUCGAAUUCGGUUAUUUUCGAAUAUAAAUCCAGUCCGAAUCCUGAGGCCACUUUUGAUGGCACUACCAAUGAUUGUCUUUACAAAUUCACACUUUUGAAUCGAUUAUCGUCUAUUGACGAAAAGAUGCAGAUCAAAAUGGAGCCAAAGGAAUCGCCUGAAGAUGCUGCUUUUAUGAUGCAAUCCAACUUUGAAGAGCGUAUGGUCAAUUAUUGCCAUCAGUUGACAAAUAAAUUGUGGCGAUCAAAUGCUCCAGUAUCCUGGACGUCCAGUGGAUUUAAGGGAAUGACUUUAUUGCAUUUGGCAGCUGCACUAGGCUAUGCCAAGUUGGUGUGUGCAAUGCUUAAUUGGAGAACAGAAAAUCCAAAUUUUAUUCUUGAGACAGAGAUUGAUGCUUUGAGCCAGGAUGUGUAUGGAUAUACCCCAAUGACUUGGGCAUGUGCAAGAGGACACACAGAAACAGCUUUAAUUCUUUAUAAAUUCAAUCACAAUGCAAUGAGAAUCAAAAAUUUGUCCUUGCAGACUCCGAUGGAUGUUGCUAAGUCGAAAGGAUUCAAGUAUCUUCUAUCUGAACUCUCACGUUUAGAAAGCGAGAAGAAUAAAAAUCAAAAUGAUUUAAGCAUUUCGUAUGAUUUGAGCAAACAAUUAAAACAGAAUUCCAGCAGUGAUGUAUCAUUGAAUGCUGGUCAUACAAUCAAAGAUGAAAUAACUGGAAGUAAUAAUUCAGAUAAUUCAUCGGAUAGUCAAAAUACCGAUGCUAGUGAUAUAAAUAGAAGUCAUGAUGGAGUUUUUCUACGGCCUAUUGCUGUAGCAAGCAAUCAAAGUCCACCAACAAAUAGUCGUUAUUCAAAAAGAUCAUCCAUUGAUAGUGGAAUAAACAUGGAUAUGCGAUCUUUUACAAAAUGUGGAAAACCAUUCAAAGAACAAACAAAGUUAACAAGUUUCGAUUGCAACGAUAACUACUCACUCUCAGUGGAUUCAACAUUUGAUGGAUUCUCAGCUUUAACAAGUUCAAGUUCACUUCUAUCUCCGUUACGAAAAAUGGACUUUGCAUUAUGCGAAGUAUCAACGUGUAGCUCAAGUCCAUUGGCCGAAAAACACGACGGAGACAUGUCAGAUAAUGAAGAUGAUCCUGACGUCAUGACGACAUGUAAAAAAGAUUCUGAGGCGAGCGUAGGGGAAUCAGAUGCCAAAGUGUUGACGUUGGCCGAACACAUUAUUGCAGCUAUGCCAGAGAGGAUUAAGAAUGAAUCCGAUGAAAUGAUGAUUUUGGGCAGCCCCAUGUCUGAAUCUCUGCAUGGUGAUAAUACUGGAAUAAGUAAUAUGCAAGACAGUUUCAUGGACCCGCUGCUAGAUUCUCUCCCAAAUACACAUUUCGAUAAUGAUUUCAAUUUCGACUUUAGUGAUCAUAAUUAUCGUUAUCAUGAUGUUAGCACACCAUGUUCCAGUUUAAGUCCAGCCAGUUCGGGACCUCUGCAAUCGCCAGCAAGUUAUUCUAUUCCUCCAGAUCCGCCAAUGAAUUCACCAAGUCCGCCACCAUCAACAAAACAAUUAACUGAAUUUCUGCAAGCAUCGAACAACGCUCAGCGACCAUUUGAAGCUGAUUUUUCAAAACUUACACUGACUGAUAGUGAACAACGAGAAUUGUAUGAAGCUGCAAAAUGCAUUCAAAAAGCAUAUCGAUCGUACAAAGGUCGUCAAAAGAUGGAAGAACAAAAUAAAGAACGUUCAGCUGCCAUCGUUAUUCAAAACUAUUACCGACGUUAUAAACAAUAUGCUUACUUCCGGCAAAUGACAAAUGCUGCUUUAGUCAUUCAACAUGGCUAUCGGUCAUAUUGUAAGAACAAACGAUUCAAAAAGUCACCACAGUCGAAUAGUCUGUCGCCAGGAAAUAAUUUGACGUCCAGUUACAAUGAGAGCUCGUCUCAAUGUUUGUCCAGCUAUUACUAUCAACAACAGGACAUUUCACAACCGACCACACCCAAAGAAACUAGUCCUUCAGGACCAUUAAAGAGAACCUAUUCACAGUCAACGCAAAAUCAAGCUGCCAGGAAGAUUCAACAAUUUAUGAGACAAUCGAAAUUAAACAUUUGGGAUGGCAAUGUAUCCUUAUUGACUUCAGAGAGAACGAGCAGAAAAAGAGAGGCUGGUGCACCAACGCAGGGAGGAAUACCUCCAAAACUUGCAGUAUCGAGAGCAACUGGAAACUGCGCACAAUCAAGGACAAAGUGAAAUGCUGUGAUUCUCAAUAUGCUGCUUCCAUAUAAUGGAAGUCACACAACUUACCCGCAGGGAAAUGGAAAACUUUAAUUAAAUGUAUAUGUUAAUGAUGUAUAAUCUUUAGAGCAUUCUUUAAAAACAAAAAAAAAAUCAAACUCUCUUUAAAAAAAUAUUUGUAUAACUUUUAAUUCGCCUUUAUAAGUAUUUUAACCUACAUUCUCAAUUGCUAAAGUUAAAUUAUAAAACAAAAAACAAAAAUAAAAUAAAAACUCUUAUAAAUUAAUGUAGUGAAAAGUUAGUGCGAUAAUAUCCUGACACAAUAUAUAUAUAUUUUUCGGUCUUUUAUCACACCUCUAGAAUAAGUCUUAAAUAGUAAGAAAACAAUACAAAAUGUAUUCUCUAUUUAGGACUUAAAAAACUAUCGCACUUUUUUCUCUCUAUCUCUCUGUCUCUUAAAUCUCUUUAUAAAUUAAAACAACAAAAAUAAAAAUAAAAACAAUAAUUAACAACUAAAAAAAAAAACUACAACUACUGCUAAAUAUUCCUUAAUAUUAAAACUUAAAAAAAAAAAAUAAUAUUUGAAUGAUAAAAGAAAAACAAAACAAAAAUCUUAUAUGCCAACAAGUUCUUAACUUAAAUUAUAUAAACAAAAAUACAUAAAUCUUCUUAACUGUGAUUCACAGUUGAAACAUUAAAUUUAAAACAAAACAAACAAAAAACUAUUAAAUAGUCUUCUUAUCCAUUUCGAGUAGGUGUGAGUUAUUU